GGACAGACGACACAGGUCACUCGCUCGCUGCACGGUGAAACCCGCGGGCCUAUUCUACUUACUUGUCGUCCACUAAGACUACACAGUAGUACACUGCGAAAGUGUGUGUGCAGGAUCACGAUGACUUCUUUCGAUCAAGAAAACGACGAAAUUACUUCGCAUAAUACUCGGACUUUUUCCAGUUUUCGAUCUGUACGUGGAAUGAUGACGCAACUGACACGAUUGCCGAAUAAUUGAAGAUCACGAUAAGAUCGAGAUGCUCUUUUCAGUACUACCGUGAUUUUCUUGGAAGAUGCAAAAGUUCCUCGCGGCACCAGCCGAUAGUAGUGUGAUAUCAAUGGCAGGCAGGGCCGUCGCACCGCAAGCUGCCGAAAAUCAUGGACGGACGGCAGACGGGACGGGAACUGAGAGUCAGAAAACUUUUAGCUGCGGUUGUCUAACUGAAAGAAGUGAAGAUAUCUCCACUGUUGGGAAAUUGGGAGAACUCCACCACAACAUUUGUAGUGCUGUUGUUUUCUUUUCCGCAUUUCUGAGGUUUUUGGGGAUCUUCGAUCAUCAUUCCGCAACUGGUUCAUACAAGUGGAUUAAAAAUAUGUUCGGGGGAGACGGGACGGGUGAAGAGAUUUCAAAUCGAAUGCAGAGAAUGGAAGUUGCCUUCUCGAAGAACCGAACAAUCAUCGAGCUUCGGGCGAUGGGCUUGAGUCCGCUGAGGAUUGAGGUUUCGGGGUUUGGGUGA